AAGGUCAGUGCGCUGGCGGUCAAACAAAGAUCAUCAUCGUAUCCUCCCAUCAACCCGAAACACUCGCCCACAGACGAGUCCAGUCAUCCCCUUUUCCCUUUCUCCGUCCCUGGUUUUCCUUCCUUCCUUCCCUCCCUCCCCUCAGUCACCGCCCAUGCCCUCCCUCCGCAGGGGCUCGACAGCCUCUCCUCACCAUUCCGUCAGCGCACCCAGAAUCAAAUCGGAUUUAACAUCAACUUAUCCUUCCUAUCCAUCUCAUCAUCUCAAUGAUUCAGCGAGCAUAAUGAGCAGGCCAGAGAACCAGUCAGGGGAGCAGAAGAUACUUAAUGCCCUGGUCUCACGUUUGGUAAACAAGCUUCCUUGCAAUUCUGGAAUCCAGCUUGCUAUCUUGGAAUCAGAUGCUGCGGUCCAAUCGACUAUCCAAUCACUGCUUCAACUAUCCGGCACAAGAUUGUCCCUCGUCGUUCAGUCGCUGGUGAAUGCCCUUGAGGCCUUGUCCAAGUACGCUUCUUCUUCGGCAUCUCUGGCAGAAAUCCCACUAAGUGUCCUUCACUCCCAAAUAUAUAUCCUCUAUAUCCUCAAUCUCUGCUUAUCGACUUCAUGGCGACAACACUCGCAUGUGUCCCCACCACCAUCAUCAGACCUUCCGAGAUGCUGGCCGGAUCCCUACGCAUUCGAGGACCACCUAGCUAAGCAUAUGCUUAAUGUUCUGGUCAUAUAUACUCGGCUAGUAUCUCUCGAGAUAGAGUUUGGAGAUGUUUCAGGCAACCAUGCGCCUAGUAAGGAGUCAAAAGGUUCGGCAACGGCUUCCUCCUCCUCAUGGAGCAAAGCAAUGUCAGCUAGCUCAGGUUCUUGCUCUUUGGGUACAGGAUUUCUCCAACAGCAUUCGUACUCCCGGUCAUCGCCCGAUCGAGAUGAACCUCUCGGUGAAAAGCUGUCAGCCACAUGUACCACAGCUCUAUCGACAGUCACCCAGAUGACAAAAUUCACCGCUCGGGCUGUCUUCUAUCUGUCGGCGUCCAACUGGCCAUUGGUCUCUACCCAGAUCAGAAAACGGGUGCAUUAUCUAACUACUACCAUCGAAGACUCUCCCGACCUCACCGAACUUCGCCUCCUCGAAUGGUCGAAUGUAGACCAAGCCCGGCUAUCCCAGAUCCUUGCCGAAAUUUCAUCUGCCUUUUCCUAUAUCAAGCGUCCGGCGCAGAUAACAGUGGCUACAAUGCUCCGAAAAGCGAUACGCAACUGGAUUACUAUUAAUCCUACUGAGUAUGAAGCACUGAUCGAAUCGGGCAAGAAGUUGGAAGGUGGCGCAGAUGCCUUGUUUGAUGUGCUCCACUCAGCCUCUGAUCUGGGAUCAUCAUCCAAUGCUCGUCGGACGAAAGCAUUCUAUCCACUUAUGGCGGGGCUUUUAGUCGUUUGUCCGGAUAUUUUGCGGAGAGUCAUGGCAAGGGAAAGUACAAAAGGAAGCUCAGGCCUCUCGAAAAAGAUGUCGUAUAUGGAUAGCUUCAGGAAAGGACUCAACUCAACCAAAGGUUUUGAGGCCUGUGCCCUUUCCUAUAUAGAAUUCAUGAGUGCCGGUAUGGCCUUGAGCCCACGACUAGAGACAUCGGCGAUACGCAGCCUAAUCCACAAUAUCCAAAAUGAUCUCAAAAACGCUCUCUUCUCCUCGUCUCUAUCCAAGGAGAUAUCCGAUCAGAAUGCAAUUGUGGAGGGAUUAGUAGCGCUCUACCGAUUGAAUCCAACAACUACGGGUGGUUUGCUCUUCCCUAAGCUAUGGAACGACUCCUCAGAUGCCAGUAAGAUAGUUGCAGUCAAGGCAUGUGUUAUGAUCGCGGUGGAAGGCUGCAGAUUACCUUGGUACCCGCCUGUCGAGGACUUGAAAAAAGAAGUCUGCUCCUCAAUACGAGGUCUGCUCAAAGCCCACACUGCUGCUUCCACUCCUGAUCGAAAUGCUGCUCGACGGCCCCGGGGAAGUUUUGAACUUCCCUCAAAACAAACUGAACUCAUAUUUGAAAUCCUCAACCUCUAUUCUCUCGACCCGUCAUUUGCCUUUUCAGGCGCUCGUCUUGACCCGAGUACUGAUGACUCCGUUUCCCUCUUUAUGACCCUCUCAUCCCUUAUGGUUCUGCCUAAUCCCGAGGUCACUCGAGUUACAGCUGCCAAAACUAACGUUACACUGGUCAAUUAUGUUCGGGAGAUGUGUCAACAAAGUGAUCAUGUGAUGAGAUUGGCAAGUAACGCGGCUGCGGGCAUUUGGCAAAUGCUUCUUGAUGUUGGCAGACAGGUGCUUUUCGCUUUCCACGACGGUGAGGUGGAUGAAGUUACUGCUUCUGCUACAGCUAUGCGCGAGAUGGCCCAUGCUGUCAUCCAAAUGGCGGAACGGCACCCAGGGAUCAUGUUCCCUUCACCAAAAGCCCAACCAGCAGCCAUGGUAGUUUCUGCAGCAGGAUUCGUCUGCAUUGUAUCGCCCGAUGUUGAGCAGACAACCCUUACUCUUCCAACCCUCUCGACACUCGGCAAACUCACUCGAAUGGCACACCGCUCUGCUUCAGGCGAGAUCAUGACUAGUGCCUAUAGCACAUUCCCUAAUAACCGUGCAGAUGCCUUCGAGAAGCUCGCUGCCCUACCUGCUGCCAUCGGUCGCCAACAACAACAACGUAUGAUCCGCAGAUCCCUUCGUCCGUUGGCUAUUGGUUCAUCUUUGACUAUAUCUGUAUGGAUGGGGCUUGCUUCCAUCUGGAAAGCUCUUACGGCCAAGAUCGUUGCUGCGGAUGCUGGUAACUCUAUCUCAUCAAGAGAGAAGCGAAGAAUGAUGACGGUGGAUAUUGAAGGUCUUGACGCGGAAGAGUCAAAAGAAUGGCAGAAUGCUAUAUCAUUUUUAGCCGCGCUAGCCAAUGUUGGGCUGACCAACCUCAAGCCCAAAUGCCUUUCCGAAGUCAUUGGCAAGGAAGGUUUUCUUCCUGCAGCUUAUGACCAAGAUAUAUCUGAUCCGGGAGCCUUGAUAGAGGCUUUCAUCAGGCAGUGUGUCGAAUUGCUUGCAAGCAAUUCCAUCGCUGUGAGAGAGUCGACCAAGGCGGCGCUUGGGUCUGAAUUGCCUACAACUAUGUGUCGAGUGUUAGUAGCGCAGAUGAUCAAACUGCUUUCCCAUGCAAUUAAUCCGUCAGGUGUCAACAUAUCAGACUCUUUUACGAGCUUUGUUGAACAAGCUGUCGCCGUUCUUCGGCUUCAAAUAGACCGAAUGGGUCCUGACGAUGACGUUCCCUCAGUCCAGGUCGAUAUGGGCGAACUUCUCUAUCUGCUGGGAAAAUAUAUCCAGAGAUUGGGAAGAAGCGAUCUUUUCUUGAGGUUGAAAACGAGGUAUAGCCAGCUGAUGGAAGCAGCCUUGCGAAAGCCUGAUAAUGUCUUGACCACCAGUGGUGGCAAAUUAAAGACUGCCGCAUUGGAGUGGCUGGCGGAGUGGUCAAUGGAGACCUCGAAAGACAAUGAUGUCUACUCCACCUCCAUGGAUUCGAAUGCUCGGUACCAGAGAGAACUUGGUCAUGCUUGCUUAAGAGCUAUGGUGCCAGUGACUGAUGGUCUGCAGCUAAGCGCAGGAGGAGAAGAGUCUGAAGAUCCUCAAGGGGUACUAAAAUCGAGAUUGUUUUACAGACACUACCGUCAAUUAGUCAAAGUAAUUGAAAAAUCGAAUUUAGAAGAGGACAAGUCUUCAGAUCAACUCCCCUCUGUACAUGGUCAAUCCUCUUACAAAAUAGCCGGUCCUGAUGAUGCCCCUACUCUUGCCAUUCUGGCCUUAUCAAACCUUCUUUCCGCAAACAUUGACGUCGGCCUCAAACAUUGCCUUUCACUCGGAUACCAUGAGGAUCCCACCCUCCGCACAGUGUUCAUGCAGCUUCUCACCAAUGUACUCCAGCAAGGAACGCGGUUUGGAGGUCUUGCAGCAAAGCGUAUAUCAUAUGCGCCCAAACUGUACCUCGAGGGGCUGACGAACCCCAAUCUGGCGUUGGCCCUCGCUAUGGUAGACGUCUGUCCACAGACCGGAGCUGAGGUGGAUGAAUUAUCGACACUCCUAUUCAGGGUUUUCGAAGGCAAAGGGACAUUGCUCGGGUUGAUGCGGGUGUUGAUCGAAAGGGAGGUGACCAUGACCAACCACGAAUCUGAGCUGUUUCGAGCCAAUUCCAUCACUAUGCGCAUGAUCACUAUCUUCGCGAAGACUUAUGGCUACAAUCACGUACGGGCCACUCUGCAACCGCUCAUAUUGUCGUUGGCAGAGAAGCCUGCGGAGUGCUCGUUUGAGCUUGACCCCAGGAAAGCUGCUCCCGGUGAUGAUAUCGAACGGAAUUCAGACCAUCUGAGACUCAUGUGUCAGGCCUUGCUAGAUCUUAUUUGUUCUUCUACCCCCCGAGUUCCUCUGAUGUUCCGCGCCGUCUGUCACCACAUCUGGGAAGUUGUAGACGACCGAUUCCCUGACUCUCGUCACUCUGCUGUUGGAUCUUUCAUUUUCCUCCGCUUCUUCUGCCCCGCUAUUGUCUCUCCCGAAUCAAUCGAUCUCGAUGUCAACCCUGACACUCGGGAGACUCGCCGAGCGUUAUUGCUGAUUACGAAAGUUAUCCAGAAUCUGGCAAACAACGUUGUCUUCAAGGAGCCACAUAUGAAGGUGCUCAACCCCUUUCUCUCAGAUAAUAUUAAGCAAGUAACAAAAUUCCUGUCUGAUAUUGCCAUUCGCCCCAAGACUAUUGAAGUUCAGAACGCAGCAAAGACCUUCCAGGAAGAGGCCGAAAGAUCGCAAGACCUGGAUGGAGAUGAUGCCAUUAUUCAUCGAUUUGUCUUCAAACAUCAGGCCAGACUGGAGGCAUCACUUUCAUCCAUGCCUAAAUCAUUCAGACAUGCUUCGAACUCCAAACUAGCACGAACUGAAUUUGAUGGGCCAGCAGCAUUGGAGCGGUUGAGAAAGGUAAUGAACGCAACCGGUGCACCUCCCGAUGCUACUUUGCUUCCCGCCUCUGUAAGAGGUCAAGUUUAUGAUGAGUUUAUGCGACAUAAUCAAGGUCGGAAUGUAGACAGUGUGCGAGAAGUUUUUUAUGAGGGAUCCGCCAGCCAGAAUGGUCGACGUAUCUUCUACUUUAUCGUCUCAAGAGUGGCUUUAAUUGAUUACGAUCUGUUAGCUUAUCACGUGUUCUUGACCUUGGAAAGGGUCACGGAGUACUUUGAUUUAAUUAUCGAUCUGACCGAUUUUUCCCACUCAACUGAGUUGCCGAUGGUCUGGCUAAAAAAAUCGAUCCAGCUGUGCCCGUCGGGUAUUUUAUCAUGCCUUAAUACAUUGGUCUUCUAUAAUCCUAAUUCUUAUGCCCGUAAAAGGUUGAGACACUUGAUCUCGGAGCUCCUAACCAUCAGUGCUCCUGUCGGGAAGAAUGUCGUUGCGGCCAGUAGUCCAUCUGAACUGGUCGACCACAUCCCCUUUAGCAGUUUGGCCCUUCCUGAGCAUACAAUGGCUCUCGCCUAUGAGGCUGAUCACGUCUUUACAAACCUUGUUUGCUUGUCAGAUCACGGUAUGCAAAUACCCGUGGUUGUCAAACUCGGACAAGAUUGUCUGCAAGUCGCAUCUUGGCGAAAACAAGAUCUCACGUCUUCCCUCAAGUCUUAUAUCAUUGACGUUGUCAAGUUGAACGCCAUUGAUGACAUUAUCACUGGUGGAGGCAUUCCCUCAGAUCAAUUAAUAAUCAAGCACUCGCAGAAGGAAACACUAACCCUUCUUUCACGAAAGCGUAAUGAGAUGGUUCAUAUAAUUCGAUCUGCUCGGUCCCGGCUCAAAGAAGACACGCCUCUUAAUUCUCGCAUUCUGAGACCUACGGAUGUUCCCGCCACUCUUCUAAACGUGGCCCUCCUGAAUUUGACCUCCAGCAACGAAACUCUUCGAAUGGGGGCAUAUGUUUUGGUGAACGAGCUUUCUCAAUUCUUCAAAUACAGUCUUGCUUCGCGGGUGCUCAAAGUGUCUGCUGGUUUGACCAUCCCCAACAAUUCCCUCUCUUGGGUCCACGAUUUGUCCCGUGCCUUAGCCAGCUCUGCCUCCCAUCUGACUCUAGAGUUCCUCAAAGAAUGGGUUAUCGGGUUUUCCAAAGCUGAUACACCCCUUAAGACAGCCUCGCUUCAAUAUGUCGGCCCUUGGUUAGCCAAUCUCGAUCAGUUUAGCCGCCCGACUAGGGACGAUGCUGAGGAGUCUGUAAAACAAGUCAGGGGAAUUGUAAGAUCCCUGGUGUCAAUCACUGUAGCAGAACGGCGACGAUUACACUUAACUAUUCAGGAGCAUCUUUGGGCACCAUUCGCAAGGGCUCACGAGAGCUUGGUUGAUAUUGUGCUGUUUGAGCUUAUUCACGGUGCCAUUGAUGCCGGAUUAGGGAGUGACAAGACAGAGUGCAUUGCCGAUAUCCUUGUGUCUAUAUCGUCCACUAACGUCCGUGGCAAGGUCAUCGCACGUCUCCGCAAAUCACUGGCGCAAACAUACCUUCGACCAUCGAAUCAUCUUACCGAAAACGCCACUUGGAACGAGGUUUGUGCGCUGGCUCGUAUUACUUUGGCUCUAGGCUUCAACCCUACUACUGCCCUCGAUACUCAACUAUUCCUUCCCGAAUUAUUCCAUGUUGUCACCCUCCUGUUAGGAGCAGGCCCGGUCAUCAUGCGUCAAACAGUGUAUGGUCUUUUGGUCAGCAUUAUUCACUCCUUAGCUUCCAAUGCCACUGCAGGUGAAAUGGAUGCAGACGCGCUAGCGGUACUGUUAAGAAGACUACAGGAACCUGAGAUGAUGACGUCCUUUGGUGUGAUACAAGGCCAAGGGCAUCUUGAACUUUCAGGUUUGCCUAGGAAGGAUGAAACUGAUAUACACUUGUUGGAUCGUGUGGAGGAGGUAUCCAAGUUCCUCGGUGAGGUCCUUGUUGCAGGUGCUGUUUCUGUUGAUUGCGCCAAUGCCUGGCGAGCCAGAUGGAUGGGUCUGGUUGCGGCGACGUGUUUCCAGCACAAUCCCGCCACGCAGCCCCAAGCCUUUAUCGUUCUCGGCUAUCUCGCAUCUGAGGAAGUGGAUGAUGAUCUCAUCUAUCAAAUCCUUGUAGCAAUGAGCACUGCCUUAUCCCACUUCAUUGAAAGCGAUUCUAUCCUCAUUGUCAGUAUGCUGCGAUGCCUCAGCCGCAUCGUUCCUGGUUUGUUCCCGGAUAGCCGAUACGUCGCCAGUCUUUUCUGGCUGGCGGUCGGUGUCCUCCAACUUGGCUACAUCCCACUUUUUGCCCCUGCUCUAGAGUUGAUGAUCACUGCUCUUCGUUCAAUCAACAUGGCCAGCGAUGGAAUACAAUCCACUGAGCUGAUGGAGUACCUAUUGGAUGCCAGGAGAACCGUUGCUGAUCAAGUCAAAAAAUUGGAUCAAGUCUCCGGCGUAUCUUUUGAUACGGAUAUCACGUUUGCGCUGAUCGCCAUCAUAUACAAGGGCGUUCGGCAUCCUUCUACAAAGAAGUUGACCACCGAGAUUCUUCUUGAACUCUUACAACUUGCUGCAAACACAGCGGGAUCGAGCGCUGGUAAUGGGACGCUUGUCGUUGCCGGCGGUGUAGCUUAUUUUGUUGCGCUACUUUCCAUUUCGGCCAAUUCAGGAGACGAAUUGAAGGAUGUAUUCAAAGCGGCGAGGCUAUAUGUAGAUGUCAGUCAUAUGGAUGUGGAACGUGUCUCAGUGUUUAGUCUGUUAUCGAUUCCGGAUAAUUCGACCGCUUUGCUGCUUGUCAGUAUGGUGGUCUCUUUACUCAACGGAUCAGGGGGUUCAGACGCUGAAAAGGCGAUUCUGUACAAGUUAUUGGCAGAUGCUAGUGCUGAAAUUCCAGAGGUGCUUGCCAUGGCCUAUGACUCACUGAUUCCCCGCAUUGUUUCUACUCUAACAUCCACCAACAACACUUCUAUCAUUAGUUCAUCCACCACAAUCCUUGAACGGGCUCUCUCCGACCCCAACUAUACGUUUACCAAUUCUUCAGCCAUCCCAAGUGCGGAUAGUAGCACGUCUCUGCCCCACCCAGGACAUGGAAAGGUUUACGCGUCAAGUAUCAGCUCAAGCCCUAGUGCGGGUGCGGCGAGAGAACAAGUGUUAGAUGACCUUGGAAUGAAGGGGCUUGCGGAGUUAGCUUUUCCCCAAGUCAAGGUGGAUAGGCUUAAUAUGAUGGCGAAAUGGGUUGCCUCACUGAUCGAAAACUUUACUAUCUAAUUACCCUCACGAAUACUUGUAUACGAUAAUAAUACCCUGCAUUUUCCCAGUUAUAUCAUAUUUUACGAUACCCAUUCAUCGUUUCAUACUAUUCUCUGUUUAACGAAGAUCCAUGACAGACGAUAUGUAAUCUUAUAGACUGACUGUUCCCUUGCAUCUCAUCUUUUUUACGAAUUGAUUUUGGGCGUGUGUUGGCGAGGCAUGAGUAACAAGGCUAUCUAAUUACCCUAACUUGGAGCAAUGAAUGUACACGAGCGAUA